GUAUAUCUUGUUAGCAUAAACAAUCAAAUUUUAAGCACAUAAUUUUUAUGUGCUGAAAAGAAAUUUAUUUAUAGCUAGAGAUAUUCAUUAUCAAAAUAUAAGAAAUGUGGCGGUGGGCUGGUGGCUCUCUCGCAUUCGCAGAAUCGCACCAUUAAUCUUCACAGUACGAAUUGAAACUCUUCAUCUCUGCGCUGCCUUUUACGAUAUCUUCAUCGAAAAACUGCCCGAUUCCGCAAUUUUUCUCUUGGGAACUCAAUGGGUGUUGGGAUAUCAGUGCUGGUAGCCCUAAAGGCAGCAGCUUUGUUCACAAUAUUUGUGCAUCUCAGAAAUCUAGGGUUCGUAUUGCUAUCAGUCCCAAUUCUUUAUGCUUCUCUAAUAUCCAUAUUGAUUUCACUAGCCUCACACCCGUCAAUCAAUCUCCCAAUCCUGCUGGGGAAAAGAUCCGAUGGGACUUUCCCACUCUGGUCCCUUGCAAUGUUCAGCCCAUACUUAUAUUUCGUGAGGGCUUUCUCUGCACUGAGGAGGAAGAAGAGUGGGGAGCCUCCUUACAGUGAGAUAUGUGAGGGUUUGUAUGUUGGAGGGUGGCCUUCUUCCCGCGACAAAUUGCCGCCGGGUAAGCCUGCUAUCAUUGAUUGCACAUGUGAGUUGCCAAGGAGGAUGGAGCUCUCAGGAAAUCAUGCCUAUUUUUGUGUGCCAACUUGGGAUACUAGGUCUCCUCAGCCAGCUGAUAUCGAGGAAGCUGUGAAAUGGGCUUGUCGAAAAAGAGCUCAGAAGGUUCCUGUGUUUGUUCAUUGUGCUUAUGGUCACGGGCGAAGUGUUGCAGUAAUGUGUGCGCUAUUAGUAGCUUUGGGUGUUGCAGAAGAUUGGAAGAGCGCAGAAAAGUUGAUCAGAGAGAGGAGGCCUUACAUUAGGAUGAAUGCCCUCCACCGCAAAGCUUUAGAAGAAUGGUUGAAGGAUCGCAUCGCCUUUUCAGCUGAAAAAUGAAAUCGGCAUUACUACUCUGGUUCAGGCUGAACACUCUUAGCUCUAUAUGGGCUUUUCAAAAUGUUGCACUUUUGGUACUUCUCAUGGGUCUACUUGUAUGAAAUUCAACAUAUUCAAACCAUACCUAUUCUUUCAUCUCCAUAAAAUUGCAGAUGUUUGAACCACUUAUACUAGUUCAUGUUUCUUUUGCUUGAUUUUAUGUAAAGUGUUAAGCAGAGCAAGUUACAUUUGCUUGAGAGAGAUAUGUGAAGUUUGUGAACAUUAUAUGGAAGUAAUGAUUCUGUAUAGCUAUUUUCAUACAUUUGUUAAGAGCAUGUUCUUGUGGAGUAAUAUAUUGUAAUCCUUCCU